UUUGCUGCCCGACUACACUAUCGGCCGACAAAAAAUCGGUGGUCUGCGCCUAAGCUAAAGAUUUUCUUCUGACACGAUCAUGGUGCUCUACCAUUAUUGGCGUUAUUUGAAAGGCCAUUAAAUAAACUUUAAGAAAAACACAUUUUUUUUAUAAACAAAUUGAUUUAUCGAUAUCGAACUUCAUGUCAAAAGCGACAUGACGUACAUCACUAUUUUUACACACACACACACAUGGGGGCGGUUGGCCGAAAAUAGAAUUUAUUAGAAAUUGUUAGCAAAAUGGCAAUCGCCAUGGCAACCGCCGAAAACUUUGGAAUGUUUUCGGCGCGAACACGUUUGUUGACUUCAAAAGUGACGUUUUCCCAUAUUUUUUUUAUAUAAUAGCACUUACCGCUAAAAGGACGCCAUUUUUCUUACUAGCGCUAACAAUGCUAUUUUCGCCCAAACGCCCUUAAUUUCGUUUGACAAUUUGAUUGACAGUUUUGACAGCUUGGUUUUGUUGUUGUUGUGUUUGUCACAGACUCGUGGAGUUUGUGUUGUUGCUAUUCGGAAUUUUUUAUCUCCAAGCUACACACAGAUAGCGACACUUUAAUUCUGUCUUCGGACUCAAUUGUGUAUUAUCUUUGUGAGUGUCUCGACAAUUUAAUUUAAAUGGAUGAAUUUCAAUUUGAUGAGAUGGAGGUUGAUACUGAGUUAGCAGAGUCCUAUUUUGAGAAGAAUAACUAUCAGUUUCCAAUGAACCAAGAGUCUGGUAAAAAAUCUAACAAGGAUGGAUAUGGUAAUACUAUUUUUUAUGAUGUUAACUGCUGUUUUGAGUUAGCAGAGUCACCAUUAUCGGGUAGAGAGACAAAUUUAUACGAGUACUUGGAUCAACUCAAUGAAAAAUUCAAAAGACUGGCAACAGAGGUAACAAAACAUGCCGAAACUUUUUGUCAGAUGGAGUACUUAAUACGUAAAAUUCCAGUGAAUGAAGUACGAGACUAUGACAUAAGACUUAUUGUGCAAAAUUUUACAUGCAACAGUUCAAAACAAACCAACCAAUUUAGCGAUUUCUUUCUUAACUAUGACUACUUAACGAUGGGUGAGAACACACCACUCGCGAAGCUUGGCUCCAUAAUGCAGCUGAUGGGAAGGGGGGUGCGAGAUAUAGAAAUUGUAUGCACCAAAAAUACCGCAGCCGUCUGUAGCUUGUUCAAAGAAUUGUGUCACAGCGUUGGAUUCGAUAAUAUUUCUACAGUCUUUGUGGAGUCCGUUGAUGAACUAGAGACAAAAAAAAUCCCAAUGAAUAUUUUAUCUGUGACCACGGGAUGUAUAGGAGUGGUGACCGAGGGUUGCGACAUAGAUUCCGCCAUCGAUACGUUCUUGAAGACUACCACUAGGUACCCAUGGAAACUCAGUCGCGUUCUGGUGCAAGAGAGCGUAUACGCGGGCUUCAAGAAAGCCUUCUCUUGGAAGGCUAGCCUCAAAGCAGACGGAGCUGAUCAAAUUCUCGCCCCAAUAAAGCAUCUCUGCGCAAACGCAUUCCAGUACGACGACAAGACAUUCCUUGUUGAUUACGCGGGAAAUCCCGAAGCCGUCGGGCCCAUGGUUCCAAUCGAAGCGUACAGGACUACCAAGGAACUGAUAUCGCUGGUGAAAAAGCACAGGGUUAAGUACUUGUCGCUGUGGGCUAGCGACAUUGCACAAGCUAAUGAGAUCGCGUACAAUGCUCCUUCUUCAGUCGUGUGGAUCAACAGCUAUGGUACCUUCGACGGCCCGGUGCAGGCUUCGCAAGCUAUUUACGCAAACAUGAUAGACGACGAUUAUCUUGAUGUCUUGGACGAUUUACCAAAUUGUGAUGAGGUAAUGGAUCGGCAAGAGGUGUGGGCGAAGACGCCAUUAGAAGAUCGCCGCCGAAUCGUCCUCGACCUCACGACUGGUUCAGAUUUCCAAAUGUUGAGGGACGCAUUGCAAAGUUAUGAAGGCGAUAAUUUCGUGCACGUCGACAAAGACCGCAUGUGCGUUGGUUUGACAGAGCCACUAGAAUUUGUAUUAGUAGACGCAAGUUUUAAAAGUGUAGGUGUUUGGAAUUUUGCUAGGAUGUUAUUGUGCGGCUCAGCAUUGAUAUUGACAAGAUGUCUUGAAGCCCCCUUCCAUGAUUACCUUGAAAGACUAGCGAGAGACAGUCAGAACAUACCUAUAAUGUAUAGUGAAUGUUAUUUUUCGACGCCUGAAGUUCGUGCUAUAUUACACAACACAAAAGUCAUUUCGACAAACUUUGGUACAAUAUUUGCAAACUAAAGCAAGAAAACGAAUUUUCAUUCAAGAACAAAAGUCAUGCGCCGUCAUAAGAAUGGCAAUAUUCAUGGGUCGCCCGGCAGUCGAUGCUGACGGUGCAGCAGGAUGUACGAUCGUGCUCGUACAAUAUUAAUUAAAAUUAAUAGAUUAUUAUUUAAUGAAUCGCGUUUCCUACUUUAAGUAAUAAAGCGUUUCACUAUAUUUUUAUACCUUAUUAAGUUUUAAGAGUUAUUGUAAACAAACAGAUUUAGGUACAUCAUGUUAUAAACCAAAUGUU